CUAACACACACAUAGCUGCCGCUGAUCGGCGAACAAUGCUUGGCCUUCUAACAUAUGUGAUAUGAUUCCUGGCUUAAUUCAUUGCCAAGACGUAUGUGUUGGAGACUAAACCACAAUCACCGCGCAUGAACCUACAACCUAUUGUCCCAAUGGGGAAAUAUUGGCUAGUCAACAACAUGAUUCAACAGAGAGGAAUCUAUUCUUGGUUAGUAACAAAAUCUAGUGUAUCCCGCCAUUCUGAUCUAUAAUGAUUCAUAAUCCGCCAUGUCGGCUGAGAUGUACUGGUGAUGGGCUAGGUGCAUGUAUGGGGUUGGCCUGCUGAAUGGCGGUCUCAAGGUGUGCAAAGCUGGAAACCUGCCCCGACGCGAGCAUAUAUAGAGGUUGGGACGCCAGUUCAUUUCUUCGCUGUCGGAAAAUUGUACAAGCUGCUUGUGAGCGAUCCACGGUGCCUAGUUUCAGUACACAGUCCAGCCAUGGUGAGAUUCAUUGUGGUGUUGAUUUUUGCCAUCUUGGCUUUCUGCUCCCUCGUUCUGGCUGAGCCGGCCACUUUUCGCCCCACAGGUCAAUCCGACAUAUCCUUCAGUAUCGCCGUCUCUGGUGCAAGGGAAUCGUCAAGCUCCGACCGCGUUUUCUUCCAGAUUCAAGCCCCCGACGCGAUCCAGUGGGUUGGACUGGGCCAAGGUAAAGGGAUGAAAGGGUCUAACAUAUUUGUCCUCCACAACUCCGCAUCAUCUAACAAUGUGACCUUGUCUCCGCGCUCUGGCGUGGGCCACAAACAACCACAAUACAACCCCGACGCCCAAGUCUCGCUUUUGAAUGGUAGUGGCAAUCGCAAUGGAAUUCUGACCGCCAACGUGCAGUGUGAUAACUGUCUCCAAUGGGAAGGCGGAUCGCUCGACACCAGCAGCUCGUCUAGCCCAUGGAUCUUUGCAUACAAGGAAGGCCAGCCACUGAACUCCGACAACGUCAGAGAGAAUAUCCAAUUCCACGAUAUGUUCGGUGGAUUCUCCGUCGACUUGACCAAGGCAAAGUCCACAUCCCAGAACCCAUUCAGGGAUUACAACCCCCCACGCCAGAACAGCGCAGCUAUCAACACUGCGUCAAAAGGCUCCGGGGGCGGUAACGCCAUGCUGAUCGCCCACGGCUUCAUGAUGGCAAUCGCCUUCGUCCUUUUAUUCCCGCUCUUCGCCCUCCUGGUUCCCUUGCCAAUCCCCAUCUCAGUAGCCAAGAUCCAUGCGCCGUUGCAGGUAUUUGCCCUCGCGCUUGCCAUCGCGGGGGCCGGACUCGGGAUUAAACUCUGGGUUAGUGGCGGGGCAAGGAAGACCGCGCAUCCCAUCAUUGGCAUUGUGGUCAUAGCACUCCUUGUUCUCUUUCAGCCCGCCAUGGGCUUGUUGCAACAUAUGCAUUUUCGACGAACAGGGGGGAAGAGCCCGUUUGCUUAUGCGCACCGGUGGUUGGGCCGCGUGUUGAUCAUCCUUGGUAUUAUCAAUGGAGGCCUUGGCUUGCGUUUGGCGGGAAUUGGUUCCCCCGGUACUCCGAAGGGCGCUAUGAUUGCGUACUCAGUCAUUGCGGGGAUCGUGGGAUUGACCUACCUCGCUGUGCAUGGCUUUGUGGCGAUGAAGGGAGGGCGCGAGAAACCCGAGUCUCCUGAACGGACAGAGGGAUUAGGGGGUCCUUCUGCAUCAUGAUUUGUUGUACGCUUUAUGUUUAUUCGAGACUCU